AUGAAGCACAAGUCGCGGCGCCGCAAGGUGCAGUGUCCAGCAGCGCUGCCGGAGCCCUCCUGUGAGCCUCCCCAGUGCAAGAGGCAGCGGGAUGUCCCUGGUAAGGAAGUGUGCAGGUUCUGCCAGCGGGCAGACUGCAACCCUGAGGUGUUCGGGCAGCUGUGCCAGCAGGAUGGGCUCUGUGUCCAUGAGAACUGCCUGUACCACGCCAGCAGGCUGAACCAGAGAGGGACCGAUGAAGAGGGCUUCUAUGGCUUCCUCUUCCCUGACAUCUGGGAGGAACUGAAGCGGGUGGCACAGAAGAAGUGCUGCAUCUGCCAUCAACCGGGUGCCUCAGUCACCUGCAGAGCCCGACGCUGCCCCCGAAUCUUCCACUACCCCUGCGGCAGUGAGCGGGGAUGCAUCUCCCAGUUCUUUGGGGAGUUCAAGUCCUUCUGCUGGAAGCACCGGCCGGUGCAGCGGGUGCGGACGGUGCAGCGGGACCAGACCCUGUGCCUCAUCUGCCAGGAGGCAGUGGCGGAGCGGCCGCGCUAUGACACCCUGGUCUGUCCCACCUGCACCAGCGCCUGGUUCCACCGCAGCUGUAUCCAGGGCCAGGCGCUGCGCUCUGCCCUGUACCACUUCCGCUGCCCGCUCUGCCAGGACAUGGUCACCUUCCAAGCAGAGAUGUUCCGCCUGGGCAUCAAAAUCCCAGACAGGGAUGCUGCCUGGGAGGAGGAUGGAGCCUUUGCUGACCAUUAUCAGCAGCACAGCUCCUGCGACACCAGCCAGUGCCUGUGCCCCAUGGGACGGGAGGAGGCGGAGGAGAAUGGGCCCUGGCGACUGCUGCUCUGCCGCUCUUGUGGCUCCUGCGGGACCCACCAGUGCUGCUCCAAACUGGGAGAAGAGGUGGAUUCCUGGGAAUGCUGUGACUGCAGUGACACAGGCACUGGUGAGGGGUGCAGUUGGGGGGGACAGUCCCCAGAGCCAUGUGGUCACCACUGCCAUCUGGGACCUGGGGACAGGCACAGGGCUUUGAUCCGGGGAUGGAGGGAGGGAGCGCGGCACGGGCUGGCUGUGCUCAUCAUCCCCCUGCCCCUCACAGUGCCCACCUUGCAGCCAGCCCAGGCACUGGACCCACCAGCACAGGGACCCUCGCACAGUGUCCCAGCUCCUGACACCUCACCUGGAGAUGAAGAGGCCGGGAUCCCUGCAGGACACCCCGACACCCACCCGCCCCCCCAGCCCCUGCCCUAGAGAUGUGCA